AUGCGUCUUCACAAGUUCCUUGUCUCCCAAGUACUUGCGCCCGGCUUCAUACAAGCACAAGUCAGCUCUACGUUGCUCCCAGUUGUCGAUCUUGGAUAUGAGCUGUACCGUGCUUCCGAAUUCGACGCCAGAGGCUUUUACAAGUUUUCCAACAUCCGUUAUGCGAAACCUCCACUCGGUGAGCUGCGCUUCAGGGCCCCGGAACCUCCUCUCACCAACCGGUCCGCCAUACAGGAUGGAAUGGUUGAAAGGCGCUGUCCACAGGCUCUCCCAAAGUGGGUGGUAAUGCCUACGCAGACUUCAUCCAGCGCCUUACCGCCCAGUGCUACAGGCGGCUCAGCCCCCUCUGCGCGUGAGCCUCAGGAAGGGGAGGACUGCCUGUUCUUAGACGUAGUUGUUCCGCAGAAGGUAUUCCAGAAAGCUGGCCACGGUUCUGGUGCCCCAGUUCUCGUACGGCUACAUGGCGGCGGAUACUGCAUAGGCUCCAAGACUUUUUACAACGAUCCGAUCGGCUUGCUCUCACGGAGCCAAACGGAUGGCUCAGACGGCAUCAUCUAUGUCACUAUGAACUAUCGUCUGGGCGCGCUCGGAUGGCUCGCCGGCCCUUCUUUCCAGAAAGACGGGACAGCAAACGCAGGAUUCCACGACCAACGUAUGGCUCUUGAAUGGGUCCAGGAACAUGUGCACCUAUUCGGGGGCGACAAAUCCCGUGUGACUGUCAUCGGGGAAUCUGCUGGCGGUGGAUCAAUCAUGCAUCAGCUUACGGCCUUCGGUGGCAGGACUUCAGCUCCCUUUCAACAAGCCAUUUCGCAGUCGCCUGGCUGGAUCCCAUUGCAAUCUCCACAUCGGCAGGAACAGGUCUUCCGACAGUUCCUGCGUGCUGCCAACGUCAGCUCCGUGGCUGCACUUCGAACAAUUCCCACUGAACAGCUUAUAGCAGUGAAUGAGGCACAAAUCGCCAACUCAGCUUACGGUCAAUACACCUUCGGCCCGGCCGUCGAUGGUGACUUCGUUACCCAAGACCCAAAGCAGCUUUUGAGCCAUGGCCAGUUUGACGCCGCCGUGCGCAUCAUGACGGGUCACAAUUCUAACGAAGGGCUCAGCUUUACACCGACAAACCUGACCAGCGACUCGGAGUACAACGUGUUUCUCAGAAAUUACUUCCCGAGCGCUGACAAGGAUGUGGUAUCCUACAUCGCGGGUACUCUGUAUCCGCCCGUCUUUAACACCUCGCUGUACGGCACCAACCGCGCGCGUGCGGGGCUGACCCUGGGCGACGUAAUUAUCGACUGCAAUAACGUCGCGCUGAGCCGUGCGUAUGGAAACCAAACAUAUGGCUAUCUCUUUGCCGUCGCUCCCGGUUACCACAGCCAGGAUUAUACCUACACAUACUACAAUGCCGGCUCGCCAUCAGCUGCUGGAAUUAACUCGACGGUGGCGUAUGCGUUGCAGGAUUACAUCGCCAGCUUCGUCACCCACGGAAAGCCCUCAACUACCAUACCGGGCGCCCCUGGUAUGGACUUCUAUGGCGCUGACGCGACUCUUGUGCGGUUGGAUACAAGCGGGAUCACUGAGACGGCGGACCCGGCGGCGAACGAACGCUGUCAGUGGUGGCAGUUGGGCUUGGUGUCCUAG